AUCAGACUUUUAUUUUGAAACAUAAAUGAAAUAUAAACACUGAUUUGUUUUUGUUUUUUUACCACACAGAUUUUUAUUUGUAUAAUUUACAUUACAAGUACCCCCUCACGUUCAUCAGCCUACGUGUUUAGUGCGUAAGGUUUCUUUGUAUUAACCAUCAAAAACAUACGAAUCUAGAAAGCUAACUAGAAAUAGUGGAAUCAGAUGGAACGAGCUCUACGCAAUCAAGUGAGUCGACUCUGCUCAAGAUCAUGUUCAAAGAGUCGACUCCCAAGACUCGACCGCGUCCGCUUUUCGCUUUCAAGGGAGGACCUGCUCCGAUAGCAAUGAGGAGCUUUACAGAUAAUAUCUAAAGAAACUAUUCGGCUGGGUCCUUUGUGAUUCAGCCACAAUUAACUAUAUCACAUUACCAACCAGUUCAAGAAGACAUUCAUUGAUCGACUGGAGUUGUGUGGAUUACUUUUAUGCUGCCUAAAUGUGACUUUUGGACCAUCAAAGUGCUGGCACCCAUGUACUUUCAUUAUAAGGACCUGACAGAGCUCUAUCUUCUAAAAAUCUUUAUUUGUGGUCUGCUGAAGAAAGACAGUCACACACAUCUGGGAUGGCAUCAGGAAUUAAAUCAUGGCUGAUGCCAAGCAGCCUUCUGACAGGCCUCAGAGGAAGAUGUCCACUACAGGGGACAGUUUAUACAAGGUGCUGGGACUGGAAAAAGGGGCCUCAGCGGAGGACAUUAAAAGAGCCUACAGAAAACUGGCUCUGAAAUACCAUCCAGACAAAAAUCCAGACAACCCAGAAGCCGCUGACAAGUUUAAAGAAAUCAACAACGCCAACUCGAUCCUCACCGAUGAGACCAAGCGCAAGAUCUACAAUGAAUACGGUUCCAUGGGGCUCUAUGUGUCCGAGCAGUUUGGAGAAGAAAGUGUCAAAUACUACUUCCUCAUGUCAAAAUGGUGGUUCAAGGCAAUGGUUGUAUGCUGUGGAGUCUUCUCCUGUUGCUGCUGCUGUUGUUGCUGUUGUUUCUGCUGUGGAAAGUGCAAACCACCAGAGGAAGAUGAGAACUACCAGUACGUGGACCCAGAAGACCUGGAAGCCCAGAUCAAAGCAGAGCUGGAUGGAGGAGGCUCAAAUAUCCCUAUUUUGGUCCAGCCCACUUCUACCGUCAACACCUCCGAGUCCACACAUAUUGCAGCCAGCCAGCCUGUGUACAACACCCAGAAAUGAGCCACCUUCCUGGUCCCGGUUCCAGUCAUCACUGACGGAGACCUGCUGAUGGACUCUUUAAGGCACCUGACCUAGUGUGCUGACCGCAGGGCAUCAAGGCACCAGGACAUCCAAACUGUGCCACUGCACCAUAACCUAACCCUGACCCACUGGAAACAAGUGGCAGUUUGCCAAAAGACAGGGAAGCCUCUGCCAAGCUCACUUUAACUAUGUCUCCAUUGGUGUGUAUGUCUGUCUAUCCAUCUGUAACCAUGCAUUGAUUAUAUCUCAAAUUAAUAUAGCUGUGAGACUGGUGCCAUUAGGCUGUGCUCCAGGAGGGGGUUUUACUUAAGGGUGGUGUUCUUUCUGGUUCUGACUAUUUAUUUAUUUUAUUUUGUGGUUUGGAGUCGUUCUGUGGUAGAAGCAUGGAUGUGAGUGGAAUGAUCAUAUGAGUGCAUGCAAAGCAAUAACGGCAUGCCUCUACUAAACAGCAUUGGAACAUGUGUGCAUACUUCCUCCCCCUUUUGCUUCUUAAAGUGGUAGUUAAUUUAAAAAUUCUUGUCAUUUACUCGCCUUCGUUGUUCCAAACCCUGUAUGACGUUUCGCAGAUGUUAGCAGAAUGUUAGCCUCAGUCACCAUUAACUUUCAUACAGUCAUACAGAUUUGGAACAACCUGAGGAUGAGUAAAUGAUUAAAGAAAUGUAAUUUUUUUGGUAAACUACUCCUUUUUAUUUAAAAACCCAAAGACCUUCAACUUGGCACCUUUUUUUCAGUCUGCUUUUUAAGACAGGUGUAUUUUCCAUUCUGUUGAUAUCUCAGGCAUGCGGUCACCUGUUACAUGCAUUUGCAUUCUGAUUAUAUUUCAUUUCAAUUGAAUCAAUCCAUCUGACGCAAAUGGCAACUCUUUCUGACCAAAGCCAAUGUUAACGCCUCAACCACCAUGCAGAUGUGUCAUGCUUGGUAUUCAAAGCUAUGUGCUGUGGUCAUUUCCCUAAAAUCUUUCAACAGCAACACUUGAAAUUGCUGUUGAAAGAUGUUUUUCUAUGCACUUUUUUUCCACUACCUUCAAAGGAGGCUUCAAAUCACCAAUGUAAAACUAAUGGCUUUAGUCCUUACCACUACAUAUCAACUGCAAAGGCUAGAAUAGCUAUAAAUGUGUUUUUCAAUUUGUCGAAACGGGCUGAAAUGGGAUCAACCCUUAUUUUGGUAAAUGCAAUGCCAAAUCAUUCAAGCAAACCUAUGCUUUUUUUUGUGUUCUAAGGACGUAUGAUGACAAAACGCAAAUAUUUUUAAUAAUCUUAUUUAUUUUUUAAUAUAUCAAGAUUGAGAUUAAUAUGUAUGACGUUCUGACUGACGUGAUGCACUGUGUAAAAGUAUAAUUACAAAGUUGUGAUCUGAAAAGCCUCACCAUUUUAGCAAUAAGGAAAUGCUCAUUGUGUUAAAUGUGAAGGACUCAACAAGACUAGUCAGGUGACUGUGAGGCAUCCUCAAGUAUGUCAGUAUGUUAGAUUAAAUGCCAAAUGUUAUUUUCCCUUAAAUAUUUCAAUGACAAUAGUAUGUACUUGCCUCUGCACUGGAUUAUAGACCUUUUCAUUUCAGUGUACUAAUAUAAAUGUAUGUAAUUAUUUCAAGUAGUGCAUGGUCAUCUGUCUAUUCUAGUUGUUAUUUUGGGGGGGUAUUUUGUUAUAGCCAAUGCAUUUUCUUUUAUUUAGUAAAAAUGGGAAUUUCUUUUAUUGAAUAGACUAAAAACAUGCCAAAAUAUUGAGAGAUGAACACGGAAAUUCAUUAGCUGUUAAAUUUUCUAAUUUUUUUUAAAUUAUACAUUUCCAUGCUCACAGGAUCAAUGAACCACAUAAACAAGGCCCAUUUCUGCAAUCAACUAUAUAUAUAUAUAUAUAUAUAUAUAUAUAUAUAUAUAUAUAUAACACAUUUUUGUUUACAUAUUUAAAUUUUGGCACUUAUUUGGGUGCAAUGAUAAUUGAUUUUAAAACAUUUGAGAGGUGUUUGGCCUCUGCACUGGUGCACAUAUUACGUUUUAUGAUGCUGCAGAAUUGUGUAUGAUAAGCUGUUAGGUGAUGAGUUGGAACAAAUUGACCUGUAUGUGUGUGGCAAAGAACAUCAGCACAGACCAAUAUGUCAUGUCAUGAAAACCACAACGCAGUUGUUCCAUUGUUACGUUCCUCCUGUUUUUACUCAACAUGGUUCGUUAUGCAUCACAUAUUUCAUUGUCUCUUCAUAUUAUUGAAUCUGAAUUAAUUAAAAUAAUGGGGAUUUUUAAAAAA